UCCGAAUCAAAAUUUUUUAUUAAGUCUUAAAUGGAUGAAUGGAAAUCGAGAUUUUCAGAAAGCAUAUCUCCACUUAUGUUGAACAUAUUGAGUGCUGAAACUGGCAGCAGAAGCAUGACAACAGCCUGAAAGAAAAUGGUGUAUUCUUUUUGAAUGGAAGAGUAUUUAUUUAUUAUUGUGGUAUUCUGCUGAGUAUAUUAUUGAUAAUUGCCAGUGGUCUUAUUACUCGAGCCGCUUGCCACUUACUCCUCAAGUCAGCAAUUAUGGCUAGAAGAAGAAAUUUUGAGUUUUUAGCUUUUCAUACAUUUGGGCCCACUGGUAAACUCGUCGUAGAAAUCGGAAUCAUUGGAUUUCUUAUUGGAGUUUGUGUAGCAUUUUUUGUAGUAGUCGGAGACUUAAGCCCGGCCCUUAUUGCUAAAUUUCUAAUGGUUGAAAAUACUUCACAGCUAAGAGCAGAAAUAUUAAUAUUUUUAGGUUUAUUUGUUGCUUUUCCUCUUGGACUUCUAAGAAAAGUGGAUAGUUUAACUAGUUUCAGUGCCAUGUCUAUAGGUUUUUAUAUGUUUUUGAUUCUAAUUAUUGUAGGAGAAGCUUUACCAAAAUUGUUAGCAGGCAGUUGGUGGAAUCAAGUCAACUGGUGGCAACCUGCUGGAUUAUUGCCUUCUUUGCCUAUAUUUUCAAUGGCUCUAUCCUGCCAAACGUAAGUAAAAUGUUUUAAAUAUAA